UAGUUGUGGAAGGUACACGAGUUGUUAUAAGAAAAAAAAUAAGAAGAACGAUGAUUGCUUGACAAAGAACAUGCAUGGAUACUGGUAACUCUAAACACCAUCAUGACCAUAAAUACUGUAGAAUGAACCAGACAAUAAAAGCUGACAAAGAUGGUGAAGUGUCUGCUGAAAGGAAAGAAAUUAGUCCUGGAAGGGAGGAGAAUUAUGAACAUUGCUUUAAGAAUAAUGGUAAUGAUCGUGAUGAUGGUGGAAGUGAAACUCAAAAGAACAGUCCAAUAAGGCAGUCAGCCGUAGAUAUUCAUCAUGAUGAAUAUUUAGCUAUAAGCCUUCCUGACACAGGAUUAAGAAUAGUAGAUAAUGUAGACAAAAAUAACCAAAGUCCAAAAGUUUUGCAACCAUUAAGCACAAGUACAUGUAAUAGUGUUCAAGUAUUGUCAGAUCAACCAUCAGAUCAAAUUGAUCUUGAUCUGGAUUUAUUCAAACCCAUCCCAUUGUCACCACAACAAAUAUACAAAAACAGCCAAGUACUGGUUGAAAGAGCUACAGGUUAUACAAGUUCUAGCCAGGAGCAUGAUCAAUCUAGUACUAAAACAGAACUAGAAGUAACUCCAAGAGAUGAAAGUACCGAAGCAGAAUUGGACACCACAAGAGUUUCAAACAGUACUCAAGAAAAUUUGUUUAAAGCAGAACUGGACACUGCAAGACUUGCAAAUAGUACUCAGGAACUUUUGUUUAAAGAAGAACUAGACACUGCAAAAGUUUCAAACAGUACUCAAGAACAUGUGUUUAAAGCAGAACUGGACACUGCAAGACUUGCAAAUAGUACUCAGGAACAUUUAUUUAAAGCAGAACUGAACACUGCAAGAUUUGCAAACAGUACUCAAGAACAUUUGUUUAAAGCAGAACUGGACACUGCAAGACUUGCAAAUAGUACUCAGGAACAUUUGUUUAAAGCAGAACUGGACACUGCAAAAGUUGCAAACAGUACUCAAGAACAUGUGUUUAAAGCAGAACUGGACACUACAACACUUGCAAAUAGUACUCAGGAACUUUUGUUUAAAGCAGAACUAGACACUGUAAAAGUUGCAAACAGUACUCAAGAACAUGUGUUUAAAGUAGAACUGGACACUGCAAAAGUUGCAAAUAGAACUCAGGAACGUUUGCUAGAAACAGAACUGGACACUUUAGGAGUUUCAAAUAGUACUCAGGAAUAUUUUUUAGAAACAGAAUUGAACAAUUUAGGAGGUGCAAAUAGUAACCAGGAAUAUUUGCUAACAACAGAACUAGACACUUCAUUUUUGCCUGAAAAAGAACUGCUGACAACUUCAAAAGAUUUAAGCAGCAGGUAUACUACAUUUGCUAUUAAUGGGGGACAGGAUGAAAAAGAUUUCAAAGAUAUUAAUGAAGCAAUAUCUCAGAAUAAAACCAGUAACACACUUUUGCUUGACAAUACUUUUCAUCAUCUACCUGUCAUGCCUGUUUUUACAAAUGCAAAAAAAUCUUUGAAAUUGAAAAGAAUUCAACAUAGCAAGGACAAGAAAACUGAAGUCAUUUAUAUGAGAAUGCCACCACCUGCAUUUAUUUUUAGAUUUAGAAGCAAAAAGGUUAUAAGAUCAGUUGUGAAAGAAUAUUUUAGCAACGGAGGUCAUAUUCUAGAAUCUUGCAGCUAUGAAGAGUUUGAGUUUGAGUUUGAGUUUGGGUUCUCUACUAAUGUCGACUUAAAAUCCAAGGUCAAGGCAUUUAUAAGCAACAUAAGCAACAUUGGUCAACCAACAGAAAAUUUAAAGACUAUGGUGAGUGAAUUUUUCAAAGAAUACAAUAAUCAGUAUUUUAACAUUGAAAAGUUUUAUCAUGACAAGAAAUUUUAUCUCAAACACAAGAUUUUGCACUGGCACACUAUAAUUACUAUAAAUGCAGUUGUUAGGGCAGAGCCAGACUAUCCAAUUCCUGGUCAAGUGAAUGGUGUCAAUUCACUAGGACUAUUAACCAUUUAUGAUUCUGAUCAGGAAGACAACGGCAUCAUACAACCAACAGCAGAACAAAAUACUCUAGGCAAUAACAUCAUACCACCAAUAGCAGAACAAAAUACUGUUGGCAAUAACAUACAACCUACAGCAGAACAACAUACUCUAGGCAAUUACAUCAUACAACCAAUAGCAGAACAAAAUACUCUAGGCAAUAACAUCAUACCACCAACAGCAGAACAAAAUACUCGAGGCAAUAACAUCAUACCACCAAUAGCAGAACAAAAUACUGUUGGCAAUAACAUACAACCUACAGAAGAACAACAUACUCUAGGCAAUAACAUCGUACAACCAAUAGCAGAACAAAAUACUCUAGGCAAUAACAUCGUACAACCAAUAGCAGAACAAAAUACUCCAGGCAAUAACAUCGUACAACCAAUAGCAGAACAAAAUACUGUUGGCAAUAACAUACAACCUACAGAAGAACAACAUACUCCAGGCAAUAACAUCGUACAACCAAUAGCAGAACAAAAUACUCCUGUGAACACGAGAAGGAGAACAAUACAUAGUAUAACAGCAACUACCAGUAUAACUGCAACUACAAGUAUAACAGCAACUACCAGUAUAACAGCAACUACCAGAGAAGUACAAUGCACUAGGAACAUAAAUGCUGAAACAAAUCAAAGGACACAAGAAAGUUGGAGUUCGAAUUCCAGUGCAUUGCUAGGCACAGAAGGAGCAUGGAACAUAAAUACAGAAACAAUACAAAGGACACGAGAAAGUAUGAUCAUGACAUCAAGGGCAGUACAAUGUACAGAUGGAGCUCAGAACAUAACUGCAGGAGCAAUACAAAGUACACACAAAAGUUGCAGUAUGACUUCCUGGGCAGUACAAUGUUCAGAAGGAGCCAGGAACAUACAUGUAACUGCUGGAAUACUACUUAAUUCAUAUGAAAGUAUGAGCAUGAUAUCAAGGGCAGUACAAUGCACGGAAGGAGCCGGGAUCAUAACUGCUGGAAUAAUACGAAGAACACAAGAAAGUUGCAGGAUGACUUCCUGGGUAAUGCUAUGUACAGAGGGAGCUAUGGGCAGCACAGCUGCAACAUCACCAAGUACAGGAGCUUUAGGCACCCAUAUGACUACUGGAUUGAUACCAAGUUCUAGAGGAGCUGAUCAAACUGACCUAAGUGUAGAAGUAGCAUUUGGCAGAACAUCUGGAACAGUACAGAAUACUGUUGGCAAUUCAACCUUUAAUCGAGUAGAAGAAAGUAUAAAUAUAUCAUCAUCUGUCCACAUUGCCCAUCGUGCUACAGCCCUUCCAAACCUAUCUGCCUUGGUCAUGGCUUCAGCUUCCAUAUCACAAAGACAAGAUACUAGGGUUUCAAGACAAAGAAGGGACAAUAGAAAUAAUAGAUCUACUGUCAUGAAUGUGUCUGCGGCACCAGGUGAUACUGUGUCAGAUCCAGUUAGAAUGAAUGGCCACCAAAUGGGAGCUUCUUAUUUAGAAAAUCGUAUUCAACAUUACAGUCAAGGUCUUGGCAUAACACUUCCAGAGACACCUAAAGCUGGACCACAAAGACCAGAUAUGUGUUCUCCUGACACAGUAAUGACUAUUGUGGCAUUGGGUGUAAUUUAUGUACCAGGAUACCAUGACUAUUUGACAAGGGACCCUACUGGAGUACAGGUCUUGGAGUGUGUCCAAAAGUUUCUAGUACAGAAUUUUGAUGGUAUAAUAAAGGGUAUCAGACGUAAGAUAAGACAAAUACAUGGAGUAGAAGGAAAUAUUCAAAGAGAAGCACAUGUUGCGUCAGCCAUGAUUGGAGAUACAAAGAUUAAGGAAUCAACAACAUGUACCCACAAAGAAUGCAAAGUGAUCAACUCUAGAAUGACUUCUUCUCCACUGACUAUGCUUAGCCAACAUGACCAAAGAAAUAUGAAUUCUAAAAUCGUAGAAUCAUAUCUGAAUGGACAUGAAAUAGGUAGAGAAGAACAUUGCAUACAAUGCACAAGCAAUCCAGCUGGAAUAUCACAAAUAAGAAGAAAUAUUGAUUCCAGUCUGAUAUACGUAAAUGCCUACCAGUCUCAAAUUUUAAAGGUACAUGUGAAGGAUAUGCACAGAAAGUUCCGUGUAGGUAAUUCAGUCUACCAGGUUCAUGCUGUCAGUUUUUGGCAUGACCACCAUUUUACAGCAAGGAUCAACAUCUAUGACCAAUGGUGGACAUAUGACAAUCAGAUAGGACUGUACAAUCAGGGGGUGGAAGUUGAUGAUGGUAAUUCUGGUUUUUUGUCUGGAAUCUAUAUUAAGAAGAUUGGAUAGAUUUUUCAGUAAAAUCGUUUAGGGUAAAAGGUAUUGGGUUACAUUUGUAUAUAUAUUGAUUUAAUUUUAGUACUUUUGUGCUCAUUGUUUAAGGCCAUAAGAUCACCUAUAGUGGUUAAUGUCUGUGUCAAUUGGUCUUUUGUAGAGAUUUGUCUAAUUAGCAAUAAUGCUACAUCUUCUUAUUUUUAUAGUGUACUGGUUAGUGCUAAAAACUUUUAUGGGGACUAUUCUGAUCUGAUAGCUCAUUUUAAAGAAUACUUCUAUACUUUGAAUGAUUCUUUUUGAAAAUUUUGAAUUGCAAAAGCCUUAUUUUUACUAGUUUAGUGAUAGUAGAUUUUGUCAUAGACUGAGUAUAGUGAUAUAUAGCAUAAGAUACUGAUUUCAGUGAGCAAGACAUUUCCAUUUGUCUUUUUUAUUUUUUAUUAUUAAAGCAUGCAAAUAUUCACUUACAAUUGAAGAAUUAAACAGUUUUAGUAAAUGUAAUUUAAGGAUUGAACAUUGAUAUUGAAACUAUUAGGUCAAUUUUACCCUAAAAAAACUUCUAUAAUGAAGUGAGGAAGCUUGAAAAAUGAUACUAAAUUGGUAUAAGCUGAAUGAAAGAGUUUUUAUAAGACAUGUUCUUUACAAUCUAAAAAGUUGUACAUAAAAUGUUGUACAUGUACUGUAGAAUAAGAUUGUAACUCAACUGGCUAAAUUUUAUAUAUUAGUCAAACCUUAUUUAAUAGAUAUUUGGUGUUUAACCAUAUUUUCAAUCGGGUCAGACAAUAUGAUAAUACUAAACAAUAAUUUGUUGAUAUCAUAUAGCUGUUUGCUACAUGAGAUCAGUUACAUGUGAUAUUACUGUAGGUUUGGUAAUACUCAUGGGAUACCAACUUUUUGUUGAUUCAAGGGUAGCUGGAGAGAUUCCUCAUAUUUGAAAACUAUAUAUAUAUAUACCAAAACAAUCAUUUUAAUCACUACAAUAGUAUAAGUGCAUAUUUAUUAAAACUGCAAAAUGUGUAUCCUCAAAAAUUGAUAAUCAAGGAAAUAAUGACAUCACACAUUUGAAUACUAUAUAUAUAAGAUUAAAACAUCAUUUUAAUCACUUCAAAAGUGCCAAUAUUGAAGCUGCAAAAUUUUGUAUCCUCAAAAUUUGACAAUCAAUGAAAAUAAAGAAAUCCAGAAUACUAGGAAUUCCUUGCUUACUGCUUUUUAGCAUAUGCUACAAAGAAGAGGACCAGAUUAUAGGGACCAUUUAAUGGGACAUAAUAUUUUGACAAAAAGUUUGAAAUUUGUAGACACUUCUCUUUUUGUUGAACAUCUGUCUCAUAGUGCUGUAAUAUUUUAAAAAAAUCUGAGCAAAUGCUAAAAAAGUUUUCAGAAAUUAUUUAUUUCCAACAAGUAUAUUUUGUAAUUUGAUUUUAUUUCAAAAUUUCUGAAGUCUUAAUUUGCUCAUCUCGCAACUGCUAUUUGUUAUAAUUUGCCUAGAAAAAAAUAUUCUUUUCAGCACACAGUAGUUUGUAUGGUCAGUAUGAGUUUUACUCAUCAACCCAAAUAGCCAGAAAAAAUAGUUUUUUUAAAUAAGUUUAUUUUUAGUUCUUUAAAUAUGACAGUAAUCUUUCCAUGAGUGUUAUGGUCCCCUAUUUUUUUAAUAUUGUUAUAUGAGAAUAAGUUUUAUGAUAUAAUGAAUUGUAUAUUUAGGUUGUUACUUUGUUUUUAUAUUCUAUUAUUUAUUGAUCCACUUUUUUUAUGUUUUGAUGUAGUGGUUGUAAAAUAAUUAAAAUUUAUUAGCUGUGUCUUUAGGAAAAUAGUUAUUAUACAUGAUAUAAUGUAAAUUUUAGGGUAGCAUAAUGAUAUUAUGUAAAUUUUAGGGUAGCAUAAUGAUAUUAUGUAAAUUUUAGGGUAGCAUAAUGAUAUUAUGUAAAUUUUAGGGUAGCAUAAUGAUAUUAUGUAAAUUUUAGGGUAGCAUAAUGAAAUUAUUUAUAAAAAAAACUUUGAAAGUUUAUUACCCGAUUAAAAAUCAGCACAUGUACCGUAGAUUAUUUUCCUUACCACUCCUUCUAACUCUAUUUUCCCAACCAUUUUGAAGGAAAAAAGUUGAGAAGGUAGUUAAAAUAACAAGUUAAUGAAAAAACAGACAAGAGUUUACAAAAUACUACACACAAAAAUAUAGAUAUAGCAAGUUUUUAUUAUUGUGAACCUAAUAGUGUCUUAUUUUUUGCAGUUAUAGUAGCAUUACAAUAUAUCGAACAAGUUAAGACAGUGCAAACUCAAAAUUGCUGUAAGAUUAAGUUAAGUGUGUAGAAAUACAACCA